GUUUCAACACCGACGGUUGGGAAUCACUCUGCUCUGGGAGGUGUAAAGAGCCGGGAAGGGAUUGGUAGCAUACAUUACCCUAGGUUGCAGCAUUCUGUGCCAUUAGUCCAGGGUACUGAACUGUGGUGAAGACCUUGUGUGGCUUUCCUCUGUGACCUCUGGCUUCCUCUUGGUCUGCUCCUCAGCCCUCUGACCGUACUUGAAGAUGGAACGAUCUACACAAGAGCUCUUCCUCAACUUCAUGAUCGUGUUGAUCACUGUGCUGUUGAUGUGGCUUCUUGUCAAGUCCUACGUGGAAUAAAAAGACUGGACGAUGUUUCUUGGAUGCACCUCUGAUGAAUGUUUUAAGCCCCUUCAGUGCUAAAGGGAGGUCGGCUAGAGCCUUUCUCAGCACUGAAGGGGCCGAGCAAUCAAGCCAAUGGCACUUGUACAGUUCCUAUAACAUCCAUGCUCCCAUACAUUGCUUAACCGCUGCCUAAUUAUUUGUAACUGAAGUUUACGUCUUAAUUCAGCAAAUUUUUGUCUCUUCAAAACACAAUAUGAUAUCCAUACCUCUGUUAACGACUGACAGCGGUAAUUGUGUAAUACCUGUGAAGUUCUUUAUGUACAGUGCUUUCUCCACUUGAAUCUACAACACAAAGCUAGUCUUAACUACCAGGCUACCAGCUCAGUCUGGGAUGCAAUAAGUUUUCCGCAAAAAUAAAAGAGAAUUUUAAACAA